CACUAUAAACCCAGAUUUAAUAGAAUUUCUAUUUUUUUUCCAAAUAUCCAACCAGCUGUGUUUGUAAGAUCAAACAACUUGGACCAUUAUUUGCAGUUUUGUAGAGGCUUUGUGAUAUUCUGAUCAUCUCAAGCACCUACCAAUUCUUAUACACUUUUCAAAACUUAUACCAAAGUUGAAAUUUUUCACAAACAAAAAAUGAGUGGCCUGCAAAUAUUGGUUCUGAGAAGUUUGUUCGGAAGAAUUUCAUUACAGAAUAACUUGCCAGCACAAACCGUGGCACAAAGAUUGUUCUCGGCCGAUUGUCCACCUAAAGAUUGCUGUCCUCCGCCGGAGCCUUCACCAAAAGAUUUAGCCAAUGUGAAGGAAGCCUGGUGUGAAAUUGACAGGAACAAGGGAUGCUAUGCAAAGGCGAUUUUCACUGAAGUUUUCAAGAAGUAUCCAGACUACGCCCAGCUGUUCGCCAAGUUUGGACGAUGCCCAACCGAUAUUCUCAAGAAUGAGAAGUUCAGCGAGCAUCUCAAGAAGAACGUGAUGGAUGAGAUGGGUAAUGUGAUUAAAAAGAUGGGAGAGGACAUGUGCGAAGCCAAGUCUAUGGCUUCAGAUAUUGGCAAGAAACAUGUCAAGCUGUGUGUCAAACCCAAGCAUUUUGAGAACACAGAGAAAAUAUUCAUCGACGUUUUGAAGAAGCAGAUGGGAGAGAAGCUGAGCUGCGAUGGUGCCAAGUCGUUGGAAAACGUCAUCAAAAGUGUUUUCAAGCAACUCAAGAAAGGAGCUGCGGCUGAUUCGUGCUCCUCGUAAGUCCGUUUCAGGACUUACCAAGUCCCCCGGACUUCGUAAGUCCGUGCAAAGUCCCCCGGAUUCAAAGGACUUUACAUCAUACUUGAUCUAACAAAACAAUUACUUUUCGAAACUACUAUUAUUUAACACUUUCGAAAUAGGAACCAAUUUUAUUUGUUGAGUAUUGUGCGGUUCUUGAUUGAAAUUCUUGAGAAAUGAUACAGCUAAGAUUUUGUUUGAAGAAAUUUUAAUGUUACAUGUUUUAAUUGUAUUGUAUUUUGUGAACAUUGUUAAAAGCAAUAUCGAUUUUGAUGGAUAUGCUUCAAAUGAAUAAAGAUCUUGCGAAAAAA